GCAGAGUGCAGGGGAGGGCAGCGUCCAGAGCAGGAGGGCACCUGGGCGCUUGCUGGUGUAAAGUUAGUGUAUGUGGGACCUCGCCCGAUGCCUGGGUUGUGGGGCUUUGCUCCUCAGCCCUCCAUAAGUCAUCCUGCUGAAGGAGAAGACCGUGGAUGUGGCUGUUCUCAGGGGCAUUUGAAAGAUGAAUGGAAAUGAAAUGGAAGGCACUUCACUGCAGAGGAAAUUUCCUGAUUGGAUGUCUGUGCCGAGUGAAAGACGUGCUACAGAGGAAAAGGCAUGCAUUCAGAAGAGUGUGCUCGAAGAUGAUCUUCCAUUCUUAGAGUUCACUGGGUCCAUCGUUUACAGUUAUGAAGCUAGUGAUUGCUCUUUCCUAUCUGAAGAUAUCAGCAUGCGUCUACCUGUUGGAGCUGUGAUAGGAUUUGACAUGGAAUGGCCACCCAUAUACAAACAUGGGAAACGAAACAGAGUUGCAGUGAUUCAGCUGUGUACAUCUGAGAGCAAAUGUUACUUGUUUCACAUUUCUUCUAUGUCAGUUUUUCCCCAGGGAUUAAAAAUGCUACUAGAAAAUAAAUCAAUUAAGAAGGCAGGUGUUGGAAUCGAAGGAGACCAGUGGAAACUUCUACGUGAUUUUGACAUCAAAUUGGAGAGUUUUGUGGAGUUGACAGAUAUUGCCAAUGAAAAGCUGAAAUGUGCAGAGACUUGGAGCCUCAAUGGUUUGGUGAAACACAUCUUAGGAAAACAACUUUUGAAGGACAAGUCUAUCCGCUGUAGCAACUGGAGUAAUUUCCCCCUCACUGAUGACCAGAAACUGUACGCAGCUACUGAUGCUUAUGCUGGUAUUGCGAUCUAUGAAAAAUUAGCAAAUUUGGGAGAUACUAUGCAAGUGUUUGCUCUAAAUAAAGCAGAGAAAAGCCUACCUAAUGAGAUGAAGAAACAGCUGAACGAAAUCUCUGAAGAAAUGAGGGACCUAGCCAUGCAUUUUCCUGUCCCUUGCAGAAACUUGGAGAGUCUACAGAGGGUUCCUAUAAUAUUGAAGAAUAUUUCAGAAAAUCUAUGUUCACUGAGAAAGGUGUUAUUUGGUUCUACAAACACUGAGACUAAAUUGAAACAGAGCAGUAGUUUUAACUUAAUGUCAUCAGAAGAUUCAGCUGCUGUUGGAGAACGAGAGAAACAAACUGGAGAACACGGGACUUUCCCCAAAAUUAAAGAAGAGGCAUGGGACCCAGAACUUGACAGUUUAGUGAAGCACUAUGAAGUUGAUAUGUUUAGAAAUAAAGUGAAGCAAGAAGAAGGUUGGUUUGGAGAUGAAGUAGAAGACAAUCUGUGGAAAGAAGAUAUGGAAAGAACUUGUAUGACGUUAGAUAUUUCAGAAUAUGAACUCCACGUUUUGAAAGAGCAGGAAGAAGAAAAAAAAUGUAAUGAUGUUUCUCACCAACCUUCUGAGCAUUUAUCUCCCACGGAUGAUGAGAAGGAUUCCUCUUAUAUAAUUGAAAGUGAUGAAGACUUAGAGAUGGAGAUGCUUAAGUCUUUAGAAAACCUAAAUAGUGACGUGGUGGAACCAACUCAUUCUAAAUGGUUAGAAAUGGAAAGCAAUCCAAGUCUUCCUCCUGAGGAGGAGGAGGAGGAUGGAGAUGGGGAGGAGGCUAUUGAAGAGGAUCAGGAAGAUGAGGACCAUUUAUUGCCAGAGCCCAAUGCAAAGCAAAUUAAUUGCCUCAAGACCUACUUUGGCCAUUGCAGUUUUAAACCGGUUCAGUGGAAAAUCAUUCAUUCUGUAUUAGAAGAAAGAAGAGACAAUGUUGUUGUCAUGGCAACUGGAUAUGGGAAGAGUUUGUGCUUCCAGUACCCACCUGUUUAUGCAGGCAAGAUUGGCAUCGUUAUUUCACCUCUUAUUUCUUUAAUGGAAGACCAAGUUCUCCAGCUUGAGAUGUCCAACAUUCCAGCCUGUUUACUUGGAUCAGCACAAUCAAAAAAUAUUCUAGGAGAUAUUAAAUUAGGCAAAUACAGGAUCAUAUACAUAACUCCAGAAUUCUGUUCUGGUAACUUGGACUUACUCCAGCAGCUUGACUCUAAUAUUGGUAUCACGCUUAUUGCUGUGGAUGAGGCUCACUGUAUUUCUGAGUGGGGCCAUGAUUUUAGAAGUUCAUUCAGGACGCUGGGCUCUCUUAAGACAGCACUCCCAUUGGUUCCAGUCAUCGCACUCUCUGCUACAGCAAGUUCUUCGAUCCGGGAAGAUAUUAUACGUUGCUUAAAUCUGAAAAACCCUCAGGUCACCUGUACUGGAUUUGAUCGACCAAAUCUGUACUUAGAAGUUGGACGAAAAACAGGGAACAUCCUUCAGGAUCUAAAGCCUUUUCUUGUUCAAAAGUCAAGUUCUGCCUGGGAAUUUGAAGGUCCUACUAUCAUCUACUGUCCUUCCAGAAAAAUGACAGAACAAGUUACUGCUGAACUUGGGAAACUGAAUGUGUCCUGCAGAGCAUACCAUGCAGGCAUGGACAUUAACAAAAGGAAAGAUGUUCACCAUUGGUUCCUUAGAGAUGAGAUUCAGUGUGUUGUAGCUACUAUAGCUUUUGGAAUGGGCAUUAAUAAAGCUGACAUUCGCAGAGUUAUUCAUUAUGGUGCUCCAAAGGAAAUGGAAUCCUAUUACCAGGAAAUCGGUAGAGCUGGCCGAGAUGGACUUCAGAGUUCUUGUCACUUACUCUGGGCUCCAGCAGACUUUAACUUAACUAGGCAUCACUUUCUUGAGAUACACAACGAAAAGUUCCGACUACAUAAACUAAAGAUGAUGGCAAAAAUGGAAAAAUACCUUCAUUCCAGUCGAUGCAGGCGACAAAUCAUCUUGUCCCAUUUUGAGGACAAACGACUACAGAAGGCCUCCUUGGACAUUAUGGGGACUGAAAAAUGCUGUGAUAAUUGCAGGCCCAGAUUGAGUCAUUGCUAUUCCAAUAAUGACUCAGAAGACACAUUCCAAGACUUUGGUCCACAAGCAUUCCAGUUACUGUCUGCUGUGGACAUCUUACAGGAGAAGUUUGGAAUUGGGAUUCCUAUUUUAUUUCUCCGAGGAUCUAAUUCUCAACGUCUUGCCGAUAAAUAUCGCAGUCACAAGCUUUUUGGCACUGGCAAAGACCGAACAGAGAGCUGGUGGAAGGCCCUUUCUCACCAUCUCAUAGUAGAAGGAUUCUUGAUAGAAGUUCCCAAGCAAAACAAGUUUGUAAAGACUUGCUCCCUCACAAAAAAGGGUAGAAAGUGGCUUGGUGAAGCCAGGGCCCAGUCUCCUCCGAGUCUUAUCCUUCAAGCUAAUGAAGAGAUGUGUCCAAGGAAGGUUCCGCUGCCAAGUUCUAACCCUGGAUCUUCAGAAAUGAAGCAACAUUCUUCUGAUCAAAAGCCAAUUGGAUUAACUACUGAGCAGUCUAAUUUGGAGAGAAUGUAUUCGUACAAAGCACCUGAGAAAUCUUCUGGGAGCAACAUUCCUAACAAAAGUGUCGGGAUGCAAUCACCAGGAAAAUCUUAUGGCUCCUCAGAACCUGUUAUUUCAGCCCAGGAGCUGGACACCAGGACUGCUUUAUAUGCCAGGUUGGUGGAAGCCAGGCAGAAACAUGCUAAUAAACUGGACGUGCCUCCGGCUAUUCUAGCAACAAACAAGAUUCUACUGGAUAUGGCUAAAAUGAGGCCAACUACUGUUGAAAAUGUAAAACAGAUUGAUGGUGUCUCUGAAGGCAAAGCUACUCUCUUGGAACCUCUGUUGGAAGUCAUCAAACACUUCUGUCAAGUGAACAGUGUCCAGACAGACCUCUUUUCGAGUACAAAACCUCAAGAGGAGCAGAAGAAAAGUCAGGAAGUGGAAAAUGGAGAAUGCUCACUUUCACAGUCUGUGGCUGUCACAUAUUCUUUAUUCCAGGACAAGAAAAUGUCCUUGCACAGCAUAGCUGAGAAUAGGCUUCUGCCUCUCACAGCAGUUGGUAUGCACUUAGCCCAGGCCGUGAAAGCCGGCUACCCCCUGGAUAUGGAGCGAGCUGGCCUGACCCCAAAGGUUCAGAAGAUUAUUGCUGAUGUUAUCCGAAACCCUCCCAUCAACUCAGAUAUGUAUAAAGUUAAACUCAUUAGAAUGCUAGUUCCUGAAAACAUUGACACAUACCUUAUCCACAUGGUAAUUGAGAUCCUGGAGAGUGGUGACAGCAGAAGCCAGCCUUCCUGUGAUUCCAACAGGAAGAGAAGUUUCCCUAGCUCUGAAGGGAGCUGUGUGAGCUUUAAGAAAAGCAAGGAUGUAGUCACUGAUAGCAAGGUAUUAACUACAGACAUCAUCUGAAAUGUCAAAGAGAAAAUUACCUGAGUGGUUUGCCAAAGGAAAUGUGCCCGCAGCUGAUAUUGGCAGCUCAUCAAUGGCCAAGACAAAAAAGAAAGGUCUUUUUAGUUAAGAUGACAACUGCAGAACAACUUGAGUGUCCUAUUGUCUUUAUCCCUGUAAGAAUGAAAAGAAAUAUUGUAACUUUAAAAUUCCUACAAGUCCAAAGUAAAACUCACUUCAGCACUGAGCACUGGCAUCUUAAACGGCCCAUCCGCGGUUGAGAUAAGGCAUUUGAAUCGUCUGAGACCUGAGGACAAGCAGGAGUGUUAGUAGGACGGUUUUCCUUCAGAACUCUUGUCUCCUCUCACGUGGCAGUCUCUCUACUUCCUGUAUCAGUGGACUUGGGAAAUUAAGGGUGUGUCUCUUUGACAUAGAGAACCGGCUAGCAGUUGUGUUCUGAUUGAUAUGAAGCAGUCUCUAGUUGCCAAGAUGGUGUCCUGUGAAUGUAAGACAGCAGGUUAACUUUACAGAUUGUCUUUACUUUCUUGUGCAGAAGCCGGUAUGCGCAAUGCCAGACAGUGUCAGUGCACCAGACCAGUAAGUGACACAUUGGCUUUCAUUAAGAUGGGGAAAAUGUUGAAAGUAUUCCAGUUACAAAGGCAACUAAAUGCUAUGCAUUUUCUAUAAAAUGUCUAUUAUUUUUUAAGUAAAGCAAUGUGUUCCAUACUGAAUAUUAAAUACAUUUAAUUUUCAUUUAUCUAUUUACUAUGAGUACCUUCAAUGUUUGAAAAGCCAAAAUUUAAUAUAUCUUAUGUUUUACAAAGAACUUAAAAAAUUUAAAACUCAGCUCUGUUCUGGGUAUAGUUUUGUUAUUACUUUAAGCAGCUCACCAUAUAGCUUAUGAAUAUAUUUUGAGCCUUUGAUUAACGUUUUUGUAAAUAGAAAUGGACUGUAACUAAUACAGAAGAAACACAUGCUUGACUUCAGAGUAGUUGAAAAAAAAACAAAAAACAAAAAGGCUACCCAGGGUUCCAUUAGGAAAUAAUCAAAGUGACUUUUUGUAACCUGCCAGAGUUUUAUACAAGCAUUUCUUAAUUUGUUACACCUGUGAUAUGUGCGUGAAUCUUAUUAUAAAACAUUCAAACUAUACUUAAAACAUAAAAAUUUACAUGUUCUCAUUUUUCUGCUUCCUAUUAAAGAAGUAUCUCCCAUUAAAUAUGUCACAGACGUUCUCUAGUUACUUCUACUUUUCUGUGUCUUAACAUGUGUUUCUACAACACACAAGUUGGUGUUCUCUAUGGCUUUGAGCUUCAUGCUGGAUAUAGUGACCAACUGUAGGAAAACACCUGCUUAAUUGUUUGAAUUACAAAUUGGAUAGGUUUUUUUAUGGAAUUGAAAAGCAAAAAUUUGCUGGCAAAAAUUAUGCUUGGUUCUUUAGACCUGGUUAUUUAGCAGACUUUCCCUCAAGACCAAAUGAAGUUAGCCUAUUGCUUUAAAGAAAGUGACUCACCAGUAUUUAUUGUCAGUAAUAAAACUGAAAUCUCUUGGUGAACUUGUAUUCUUCACUGGGAACCUGGGCAGCUUUCCUUGACCUGAAAGCUUUUCUAAUGAGCUGGACAAAAUAAACACAUGAUUUUUUUAUACUGUCUAAAGUUUUUUCUAUAUCUAGAAUAUCUAAAUAACCCCAAAAUCAGUGUUUUAUGGAUAACUAAGACAUUACGUAAUAUAGAGAUACAUUGUUUAAAAUACCUGAUGGAGGCAGAAAAGGGACCAGUAAACUCAAUUAACCAAGAAUGAAAAGCUGAUGGCUGUAGUUUCAUACCAAUAAUCUUUAAGACACAUCUACUGUUUUAGUAUAGCUUCAAAGAAGAUUCUCUACUGUUAUUGAAAAGCUAUUAAAAUAUCCUGUCCUAUCCAACUGCAUAUUGGUGUGAAUUUGGGUUUUCCUACUAUACUUCAGGCAAAGUAGCAUGUCCAGAUAGGCUGAAUGCAGAAGGCUGAGACCACAACCUGGUCUCCUAAACCCAUUUACACAAUGAGAACAAUUACAGGAAUGAAACAGAGCCAUCCUUGUAAAGUUUUUAUGAAAAUAUGUUUUUUAAAAACAGUAUUUAUGUUCAAAUGUAAAUGGUUUACUAUGACUGUUUUUAAAUGAAUCAAUAAAUCUUUUGAAAAAGUCUCA